AUGUCGGGUCUGGUAUCUGACGUCGCUUUCGACUUUACCUUGGCCGACUCUCCUGCGUCGCUGGGCCGACCUCUUACUCCUCCCCAAGACUUUCCUAUCCACCAAAAUUACUAUUUUGAUUCUUCUCUUCUCGAGAUUCCCCACCACUCUCGCCAUGCUCGCUCUUCGUCCAAGGCCUCUUCCAUCUACUCGGCCGUCUCUGCUGCCGAGUCUGCUGCCGACUCUGUUUGCACCAGAAUGACCACACCUCCUCGAGCCAGCCCACCAAUUCGUCAACAUGGCCCUCUCCUACUUCCCAAGAUCCGUCCCCAGGACCAGCAAAUCAGCAACCCUGUUACCCCUGCUCAUCGCAUGCAAACUAUGACGCCUCCCCAGCGCAAGAUCUCCAAGAAGAAGCGUGCCUCACACACUCGCAGCCAGACCAAUCCCGAGGCCAUCUCCAGUAUGGCCAUGUCACAUCUGGCCUUUUCGCAUCCCGUACAACAACAAGCCGUCAUGUGCUCGCCCAUGUCUCUCCCGCGAGACUUGGAUUCACGCCGCUCUUCUACCUGCUCUGCUGUGGAUGCAACCGUCAUCGACGACUACAGCUUCUCUUCCUACCACAUGGGGUUCAUGCCCGGAGAGUAUUCCAUGCCUCACGACUAUGGCUACCAGUUUGCGCCGCGAGCCACCUCCCCCCUGAGUAUGGCUUCCACUCCCGAGCCGACUGCUUCGCUGUCGCUUCUGAGCUUUCUCACGUCGCCUAGCCCGGCUGCCUCCCUUGUUCGCACUGUCUCGUACCCUCUCCGCGACCCCAACACGAAGCACUUUUGGUGGGAUGCUCGCAACGUCCGCCAAUGGUCCUCCUUCAACAUGGCUGCCAUCAUGACCCUGCCUGGUGCAUCGGGUCUUUUAAGCACGCCUGUUCCUGCUCCUCUUCUGCCCGAGCCUUCCUUUUCCGCUCGUCAUCCUGAGACGGAGGCUUCUCUCCACGCCAUCUAUGCCUCAUACUAUCUGCCCAAGCUCAACUCUGCACUGGCCAUCUCUUCGAACCGGCCACUGCAGCUAUCCGUUCCCAACCGCAUUCCCGCCAACAUGAAUGAGCAGCUGUUUGUCGGCAACGUGGCUGGCGACUCUUCCACGGCCGCUGCCAUGUUUGGUGGCAAGCCCACCGCCCGCGUUGUCGGCAUUGUGCGCAGCUUUGACCGUUUCAACACUGCCAUGCGUGUCGAGGGCAACAUCAAGCGAGUCGAGUACCUCCGCGGCCUCGCUGCCAUCCACCACGCCAUGCGCGAGCACAGCUGCCGCUACGGUUUCAUUCUGACUGAGAUUGAGCUCGUCAUUGUUCGCAAUGGCAAGGAGACGGUUCCAAACUUUGGCGAGCUUGACGUCACCUCCAUCCCCCUCAACGCCGCAGCCCCCGACUGCGAUCUGUCCCAGGUUCAGCCCGAGUCACUUCCUCUGACCGCCUGUCUCGCCCUCUGGGGCCUGUGCCAGAUCGCUAGCGACAGUAGCUGUGGUUGGGCCCCCUACAAGACGGAAAUUGGUGCUCCGGUAGAGGGUACCCGCCGCAAGGCUCUCAAGCGCGACGACUGGAUUCCUCAGCCCCAGCUGGCUGAAAAGCGCGAAGCCAAGAGAGCCCGUGGUUGGACCUGGCCAGAGGAUGCCAUUGGACGCCGAGAGCUUGGCAAGCGUGGUGUCAAAUACGCUGCCAUGUGA